UGAGGAGGAGGUUACCAUAGCUACCGUGCACACAGCAGCUACGCGUCCCUAGUUGGUCCCCGGCUGGCCGGAGGGAAGAGGCGACACCAUGAGCCAUGUGGUGACUAUCGAGGAGCCCCAGGCCAACCUGCAGGUGUCUCAGACCCGGUGCGGGGUGAGGUCGAGGGCCUGGGGCAACGUCUCUACCAGUCGACAGUAUGAUUUUCUGUACGAUCCAUUGUUUAUUGUGUCGAGUGAGAAAGACCAUACACAGGCAACUAUCCAAGCUAAUCUGAUUCGAAACAGACUGAGAAAAGUUCCCAGGUUUAGAACCAUGUUCAGUAACCUGAUCCAUUAUCCAAGAUAUUCUCUCUAUUGGAGCAAGGCAGACCCUGUCCCACCAUUCAUCCGCCGGGAAUGGAAAGGACAGGAGGAGAAACACAGAGAAGCCCUCAGGCAGCUUACCACAACUGGUGAGUCUUUUCAGAUGACUAAAGAGACUUAUGAAGAUCCUGAAGUUACUGGAAGGAAUCGCUACAAAUAUUUUGAAAGACCUUUCCUUCCAUUUCAACAGAUGCCAUUCAAUGUCGUUUUUGCAGCAACCAAGACAGAGGCAUAUAUUUUCCCUCCUACUCCUGCUAAGUACCCUCCUGUACCUUCAAAGCAUACCGUGGGUACUCAGACUGAUUAUCGGGAUGCUGAAGUUCAAACUGAUCCGUAUUCUCCAGAAUAUGUAGUAUGUCAGGAUUCAAUCCCUGAGCUCUUGACCCUGGCUACUCUUACGUGGGGUCGAGGGCUCCCGGCAGGACAAGCUGAGGUUGAGAUGAUAGAACGUGCCCGGGAGAAGCGUGCUUGGGAAGCCACUCUUCCAAGUCUGAGUGACUCCUUCCAGUUUGAGAAGAGGAGGAGGAUGAUGAAUAUGAUGGAGAGGAAGGAGUGGGCCUUCAGAGAGCAGGAGAUUGAAAAGCUUCAGGAGAUUCGCCUGGAGAUUCUAAAAGAGCUGCUGAGAAAACGUGAUGAGAAUCAAAACGAAGUGAACAUGAAGCACCUGAAUGCCCGGUGGUCUCAACUGCAGGAAGCAAAGGAGGCAAAAUUGGCACGGAUUCAGCACACACACAUCUCAGCAAUCAGAAAACUUGUGGGAAAAAGAAAGAAUAUAGAAGGAAAGUUGGAGAGAAGAAAUAUCAUCAGGGAUUAUUGUGAUUAUGCAUCACAGGUCUAUGGACCUCUGUCUCGUCUUGGUCAUUUCCCCGACAACAAUUCAGAGGACUUUGUAGUAAAAAAUCACUAUCUCAACACCUAUGAAGGAUUAGUUGAACUUGAGUCACGUCUCCCAGAUUUUGUGACACAACCCCGAAUCAGACCGCCAAAGCCAAAAGUCACUACCACGAAAGCUGGUUUUCUCAAGAGGGCAGCAAGGAUGGACCAUGAGUUGGUAGAGGUUCAUAAGGCAAUACUGGAUAAGAAGAAUAGAGUUCUUGAACCAAAGAAAGUUUUGCGCUUUCUUCAAAGAAAGGCUCUACCUCAACCUCGGCUUCCAACUCCAACCUUGGAAAUGAGUUCCAAUGAAGAAGAAGAUAUAGAGAUGGCUGUGAUCUACCUUCAAAAGUUACUCCGGGGAAGAGCCGUUCAGAACAUGAUGUUUGAAGGGAAGGAAAAGCGGCUGGAGUUGAUCCAGGAGCUGCGUACCAGCCACGCACUACAAGAGGACGACAGGCUGCUGAAGAAAGCCGAGAAGCAAGUGACGCUGGCCUUGCAGCGGCAGAGGAACUUGCAUGAGCACAAGGUCUCACUGGUCGAAAACCAUUUGGCUGGACUGGAAGGAAGGGCGCUGGCAGACAUGUUUGACUUCCUGUCCAAAGAGCUGGUGAGACUACAGGAAGAGCGGAGGAUCCAUGCUUUUGCCAUGCUGGCCGAGCGGCAGCGGAGGAUGCGAGAAGCUGAAGAGAGUGGUCGGCGCCAAGUUGAGCAAAGGCGCCUGAGGGAGGAGGACCAGAUAUUUAAGGAGGUGAUUAAAGUUCACCAAAGUACUGUAACUUCCUAUCUGGAAGACAUAAUACUGAACACUGAAGAGAACACUGCAGAAGAACAAGCCAGGGCAGAAAUUGAGAAGAUGGCUAAGGAAAUCAAUGACAUUGCUUAUGAAAUGGAGAGCCGUCGAACUCAGCUUCAGUCAGAGGAGAUUGUUGCUGAGUUGGUUUAUAGUUUCCUGAUCCCAGAAGUGCAAAAGGACUAUGUCAAAGAAAAAGUGAGGAACGCCCAGCGGAAGCACAUCCUUGCAGCCCAUCAGAUCAUCCACAGCCACACGGAAGACAUGGUCAAUAAGGACUUUGUGGAGCAACAGCAGGAUGAGGCGGUCUCAGACACAGACGAGUUACCCGAGGGAGAAACUCAAAAAUAAGAACCACAGCUCAGGUGAGAUUAUCUCUUUUAAAAGAAGCUGUACAGAUCAUCAUAUGGAAUUCCAGUAAUCUGUGCUUCUCCCAAGAUGUGCAGCUCUUAUGGACUUGUCAAUGUAUAAUUCAUGAGGAAAGAUCUUUCUUCUCCCUAAACUUCCAAUAAUUUAAAAUUAUUUUCAGUAAUUACAAUCAAAUGAAGGAGUUUAUUCUCUUUAGUGUUUCGCAGAUGCUCUACUUCAAGAGAAAAUUUUCUCAUGUCUCAUUUCAGCAUUUUGUUAACUAGGAGGAUAUUCUGGCUUGCUGAAUCAAACAAAAAGAAAUGUUACUGAAUAUUUCUUAAGUAGUUUUGGCUUGAUAUUCAUAAUGCAUUGACCUUAUCUGCUAAGUUUGGAAGUAUGCACACCCCAUGACCUGGCAUUUCAUCUCCUAAAUACAUACUCAGCAAAAAUACAUGGAUAUGUGCACCAAUGGGCAUGACAAGAAUGUUCACAGCAGCACUUUUCAUGACAGCCCCUAAAUUAGAAACCCAAACCUCCACUGACAGUGGAACAGAAAAAUAAGCUGUGGUAUUCAGUGGCCCAUCAACUUACCAUUGAGACUAGCAGAAGAAUAUUCAUGCAACACCCACAGAGAGGAUGCUUUGGGGGAGCAAUCUGCCCAUCCUGUGUAUUGACUAACAUGAGGAUCCCUCCUCAGUUAAAUAUUGGUAAAUAGGGAAAAAACCUAAAACAUAAACAAAUCUAUGUGGGCCCCAUAUCCACAUUACUCUGACAACAGAAUAAAAACCUAUCUUAGAAAAUACCCUUCUCUAGGAAACCAGAAAAGCUUCAGAAGCUAUCUACUUGGUGAGGAGGCAAAAAGACAUGGGCUCCUGGGAAACUGCAGCCGAGAAUAAGAAGAGCAGAUGCCAGCAGAUGCAAGAGAAGAAAGCUGGCUAAGAUGAAAAAAAUACAAAAAGAUUUAAAAAUCCGUGGAACACAUUUGGAUGCAGUUAAAAGAACAGAAGUACCAAAGCAGAGAAUAAAAGAGGUGAUGUUGCCAACAAACUUCCUGUUGUCCUAUAUGGUUUGGGAAGGAUAAAGAGAUGAGAAUGACAAAGAGGUUACCUCUGGAUCACCAAUCCUAAAGCAAUGGAAUUCUUAAAGAAGGAAUCAAAACAAAUAAAGUUAUAAUAAAAGAUUUUCUGAGCUGAAAAAAUACUUGUGCAUAUAAAUUUGAAAAGGUUUAUUUUUACCUUGUUUUAGGAAAACAGUGAUCAGGGUAACUUUUUUUCACCGGAGAAUCACUGACAGGAAGGUACUGCACAGGUAAAGAGUCAGCUGCAUUUUGCUUUGGUCCUUUAAAAAUCUAACCUGGGGGCGCCUGGGUGGCUCAGUCAGUUGACCCGCUGCCUUUGGCUCAGGUCCAGAUCGCAGCACCUCCCGCCACCCUGCUCAGCAGGAAGCCUGCUUCUCCUGCUCCCUCUGCUUGUGCUCGCUCUAUCUCAAAUAAAUGAGUAAAAUCUUUUUAAAAAAUAAAAAGAAAUAAAAAUAAAAAUGCUAACUUGAAUGAGGUAACAGUUACCUGUAAAAUAGAAAAUCAGGAAUGCAAGACAAAAUGAGAAGCAGCAAUGAGGCAUGGUGGGCUAGAAGAUAGGGGCAGGGCAGAGGUGUUAUCCAAUAGCAGGCGACAGCAGACUUACUCUGUAAGGAGUCAGAUAGUAAGUAAUUUAGGUUUUGUGGGCCAAAGAGUUUCUGCUGCAAUUACUCAAUUCUGCCAUCAUAGGGUGAAAGCAGCAAUGGAUAACAUGUGGAAGGAACAUGGCUACAUUACAAUGAAACUUGACAAACUGGCAGCAGCCAGAUUUGGCCCAUGACCUGUGGUUUGCUCAUCUCUGCUAUAUAAGCUGUGAACCAAAAAUCAAAUAUCCACUUUGAAAAAGUGGUCAAAGUGGCUUUGAAUAGUUAACUAUAAUAAUGAUAAUGAGAUAGAAUAUUUUCUAAAACAAUCUUUAUGCAGUCUUCUAAAACUAAGAUUUGUAUUUAGACGUAAAGGAAAAUACAGGGUUUUAGAGAAUUCUCAUUAGCUAAUUGAAGUUUACCAGGAAGGGAAACUUUCUUCUGUUACUAGCAUCCUUCUACUUAAAAUGACUUUACUUAAACUACCUGAACCUUAAAAACCUUUAAAACACCUUCAAUGAUGAGUAAAACUCAUGUUUAAAGCCACAUGAUCAUGGCAACCAAAGCCAUGUGGUUGUUGGGACUAGACUAGUAUAAUUGGUAGCAAUACACAAUAGCAAUGAACUGAUUUGUAAGGUAGAAAACUUUGUCUCAUGGAUGUGUAAUCAUGUAUCUUGAAUCCUUGUGCCACUUAAAGGCACUUCCUCUUUUCAACAUCCUUAAGAACAGGCAAAGUAGAAUCCAAGGAAGAAGUGUGUAGUGUGAGUUAAGGGUCUCUCUGGGGUGAGAAACUCAACACAGAAUUGUUAGAGAUUCCAAAUCCUUAAGUGCAGAACUCCCAGACAGCUUGAAGUCUGAGUAUAUGUUGACUGAAGGUAACUCUCAUCCCUCUCCUCAAUUCUGGACCAUGGUACCCACUUGGGAGUAGAGUUGCACCUACUAAGAUGACUUGGGGUACUUUCAUGCAGCAGGCUCCACAGAGAGGCUUACAGACCCAGUGACCAGUAGAGUGGGGAACGCCAGGGGGCAAGCAUGCACUUAGCAGUGGAGUAGCAUGGAUGUUAAGCACUAUGCUCUGGAGCCAGGUGGUCUGGAUCGAAAUCCCAGUCCAAUGACACUGUGUCCUCAAACAAGUUACUUAAUCUCUUUGAGCUUUAGCUUCCUCAUACCUAAAAGGAUAUAAGUAUAGAAUGUACGUCAUGGGGUUGGUAUGAGGAUGUAAUGAAUUCAUGUAAAAGGCUUAGGAAGGUAGCUGGCAUAUGGUAAGCAUUCAGUUAAGUACCACUUAGCUAUCUUUAUUAUCACUAUGGUAUAGAAGCAAAGGCUAUGGGUAGAGCAAAGUCACAUCAUCUACUGCUAUGUAGAAAGUGGCUCAGUGAGUGUCAGAAUCUAACCAAUUAGAUGAAUUUCUCCAUCUAACUUGGGGAUGAGUAAAAGAAAGAGAGAGAGGGAUGAGUGCUCAUGUUCUUUACAAUCUUGAAGCGUUGACAGUAAGGGCUCACUCUCUACCAAACACCAGAGCAGCAGAAGGAAGACAUAAGUAUUGUGAAGACUUUCCCAGAAAACUAAAACAUUGAAGGAGGGUUCUUUUAUUGUAAGUGUCAAAUGUUGAGGAAACAUUUGGAAUCAAAGGCUAUAUUAGUUCUUAACCAGGGCUGCAUGCUAAAAUCAUUGAGUACUUUUAAAAAAUCGGUUCUUGGGACUCAGCAGAUGAAUUGGGAUAGAAUCUUUAGAAAUGGGGCCAGGCAGGGAUAUUUUUUUUUAAAGCUUCCCAAGUGAUCUAAUGUACGUUCACACUUCAGAAUAGGAGAAACCUUUCCCAAGGGAACUACCCUUCCCCAAGUAUUUACCAUUCAGAAACUUACCAUGGGAGACAUGUCCUUAGUCUAGGCUUUAAUGAUAUUUUAUUUCUAAAGCCUCAGGGAUUCCAAAGACCAUAGAAAAAAAUUGUGGGAGCAAACACAGAUACUGGGCACAAUCAUAACACUUGGGCUUCUUCGUCUGCCAUUGCCCAUAUCGCACUUGCCUGUAAUUCCUGCACAAUCAUCUCUCUGGACUGUUAGGUCUGAGGGGAGGGCAGGAGCCUUCUGAGUACAUUUGUUUUUAUUCCUGGUGCCUAGCACAGUCUCUGGAACAUGGUAAUCUCUCAAGUAUUUAUUGAAUGAAAUUCUACGUAAUGUUUGUAAAAGCAAAUACUUGUAUGAUUUUGAAGAACAUUUGUGAUGUCUUGGUAUUUUGUGGUAUGAAAUGAGUUCUCAAGAAUAAAAUUCUAAUUUAUAAUA